CUUGUUGGACGUUGGCUGAUGGCGUGCCAAGUUGGUCAUGUGAUGCGACCUUAGGUUGUCAUGCCUGUUCAUAGCUAGUGAACAACACAACCUCAUGGUGAGUCUCAUUGCGAUCCUUCAACAACGUAGUAACCGAAGUCUUGGAACAAAAUGGAGACAAUUUAUAUCGUCUUCGGCCUUUUGGCUCUCUUCAUGAUUGCUCAGGCCGUAUUCGCGGAUCGUUCACCCAUCCCCGAGACAUCCGGCAAAGUCUACAAGAUCUCCGCCCCAUCAGAGCUCGACUCAGUCCUCGCAUCAAACACACACGUCGUGGUAGAUUUCUACGCAGACUGGUGUCCGCCAUGCCGCGCCAUUGCGCCUGUGUUCUCAAACCUAGCAGACGCUCACGCCUCAGAGGGACAACUUGCUUUUGCCAAGGUCAACACUGACCAUGUGAAGGACGUUGCAGCAAAGUAUGGCAUUAGUGCUAUGCCGACUUUUGUGUUCUUUGAGAAUGGCGUUGCGAAGGGUGUGCAGGUUGAGGGGGUGAAGAGCAGGGCUGUUGCGUUUACGAAGGAUGGGAGGGUUGAUAGGAUUAGGGGCGCGGAUCGGGGGGCGCUUGAGGUUGUUGUUAAGGCUUUGGCUAGUGAGAAGUGAUCGACCUGAGGGGUGUAGGUCAACAUGUUGAACGUCACGGGAAGAUACUGGCUCAAGUAAAGAGUUGAUGAUGAAGCAUCGCACUAUUUUCCAUUGCUACCAAAUGAUAGGCCACUUCCCGCACUUUCUUCAACUACUCAUUUCAUAGUAACAACGAUCUUCUUGGCCGACACACCAGCAUCAAGAGUGUCCAAAGCAGACUGGAGACCUCCAAGCCCAUGGCUAACAAUCUCUACCUCAGGAG